UCUUUUCGCCCACAAAAAUGUCAUCAACCCGUCGCAGUAAUAGUAGGAGACACACACUUCCUCUUUCUUCUUGCAACAACUGCAACAACACUGAGAACAGAGAUUACAGCCUCAGCCUCCUCCCUUACUUCGCUUAUCUAAACCUCACAAUUAGUAGUAUGAGCACAGUCUACCGCGCCUAUAUCCACAACGACUUGCCCAUGAUCAUUUUCAUCGUUUUUGUCUACUUUGCAUACUUUAUGUUGGACCAUUGUUUCACUGAGUUCAAUAAGUUGCCCCCAAAUGAUAACUCGCAGAAGAAAGAGUUCCUGAAGUUCACUAUCUGUGUUUUGUCUACCUCCAUCUUGUUCGGCUUUGCGUGUCAAUUCGCUACUUUUUUAAACUUGGCUGCUAGCUUGUCUAUCUUUCUUCUUGUAAUUGCAAGUAGCUUCUGCCUCCUCUAUGUGUACUUUGUCUAUGAUGACCCAAAAAUGUUUCGGAGUUCUCGUCCUAAAAACGAAAAAGUGAGUAGCAAGAAAACCAAGCAAACGCCCUCUCCGGAAAUAGUCUAACUCCUUUCGGAAAUAGUACCAAAAUCCUUAUUCUGUACCUAGGAAUUGCAAAAUUAUCUUGUGUAGAGGUGUGGUGUGGUGUGCCUAUGCUUAUGACAAUUUCAGUUCCCUGCUGUGUGCACGAAUGUUCCUCUCCAUCUUAUAGCCUACUAGUAGUGUUACCUUGAACAAUAAUAAGUUUUUUUUUGUUUGUUUGUUUGUUUUAAUUUUUCAAAUAUGAAAAUAAUGUAAUUAAAAAAUAUAUUUAUUAUGUUGUUUUAAUUUUAUAAUAAAAUUAAUAUUAUUUUUAA